AUGAAAUCUGUUCCAUCGUUUUGGUCAACAAAAAGGCGAAAGGCAAAACAAAGCGUCUUUCCAAUUCAACGGCCAUUAACUGUAAGAGAUUGGAUGCUCAAGUUGGAGGAGCGGGAUAAGUUGGAGAAGGAGCUAGCCAAGUUAAAGAAAGAGGAUGAAAUGCUGCAGCAGGAGAUAAGAACGGUCGACAUUGAGCGGCAGGAGCUGAAAAGACGGCGCUUACUAGUGGAGGAACCUUCGUGGUUGGAGGAUAGGGAGGAUGAGUUACGGGAGAGAUUGAUAGAGUUGAUUGACAGGACGAGCGAGUUGAUUGACAGGAGGAGCGAGUUGUAUGAGAGGAGGGAACAGUUGUAUCAGAGGGAAAAAGAGUUGAGACAGAAGAAAAAGGCGGCAGAGGACAAGCUUAUCAAGGAGACCCGCAAACGUCGUCGAGCUCAAGCUCGGGUAGUGACCAGAGUUUUGACCUCUUUGCGUUUCCAUCGAGAGAUGGGAGCUUUAAGGAAGCCAAUGCCGUCUUUGGAUGAUGCGGCUCCUGCUGCUGAUGGUGCUUCCCAGGAUUUCGAAACCAGCAUUUCUAAACAACCAUAGAUUCAUCAUGCCAUUCAGCAUCUUUGUAUCUUAUUGACCA